ACACCUGGGUUAUAUCCACUAUUUUAGUGUCUCAUUGAUUCGGGCUGACAACAAUUUAGAAGGUAUUAACAGUGACUCCUAAUGGAUAUUGAGAGUGCCUAUCCUACACGUAACAAUGGAGAUGAAAAAUGUGCAAUGGAGUUGUCAACAAGUGGAGUAAAUAACGUGAAAAUGAAUUCCAGGAUAUCAACAGGAAACGUGACAUUGCCGAAUCAUCCACCUUUUGAUGACUUUGAAUAUCCCUCACAACUAGAUAGACAACUGGAACUUUUCCCACUCUGGCACUUUCCUGUCAAACUAGCUGGGGGGCUGUCCAUUGCUGUUUUCACAUAUACUUUAUUAAGAGAUAUCGUUCAUCCCUAUAUAACUGAAAACAAAAAUGUAUUUUAUAAAAUUCCCAUUUUGGUCAUGAACAAAGUUCUUCCAGUGGUUGCCAUUACACUUUUGGCUUUAGUGUAUUUACCAGGAAUUUUGGCAGCCACUUUCCAGCUCCAUUUUGGUACCAAAUAUAGACGUUUUCCUCAGUGGCUAGCUCGCUGGAUGUUGGUACGGAAACAACUAGGACUCCUCAGCUUCUUUUAUGCUGUGCUGCAUGCAUUCUUCAGUCUGUGCUAUCCUAUGAGAAGAUCCUACAGAUACAAAUUACUCAACUGGGCAUAUCAACAGGUGAAACAAAACAAAGAAAAUGCCUGGAUUGAGGACGAUGUCUGGAGAAUGGAAAUUUAUGUUUCACUAGGAAUUUUGGGUCUUGCAAUUCUCGCCAUAUUGGCUGUGACUUCUGUUCCUUCUGUUGGCAAUUCAUUGAAUUGGAGAGAAUUCCAGUAUAUACAGUCAAAGAUGGGAUAUUGUGCAUUAUUCCUCUGCACUCUUCAUGCUCUGGUGUAUGCCUGGAGAAAGUGGGUGGAGCUCAAAUACUUCAUCUGGUACACACCUCCAACAUUUAUAAUCGCAGUUCUUCUGCCCAUUAUAGUUUUGCUAUGCAAAGUAGUAUUUCUGUUCCCAUGUCUUGCAAAAAGAUUGGGUAGAAUUCGACGUGGAUGGGAAUGGAAGUCAAAAUAUAAAACCGAUUCCACUCUUAAUACUGAUACAGUGGAAGAUGAGGCUACUGCUAAAAGAUUAGACUGUGCCGCAGAAGAUCACUAAUGACCCCAUGGUGCAAAUGAGCAAAUCUUGCAAUUGCAUAUUGUGAUGCCUUUGGUGCACUUUUUUUAAAAAAGCCCCAAUUUCUGUCCUGUUUUUUUUGUUAAAUAUUUCUUAUUGGAUUUGUUAAAUAUAGAAAACUUGAUACUAGUAUUGUGAGAGAACAGUACUACAAAAGAAAACUUGCCUUCCUUUCCACACAACCAUUGAGGUAACCAAAUGUUUGUUUUUAAAAUAUUUCUUGGUCAGCAUACAUGCUGGUCAUUGAAAUGUUGCAAAUUUUAGCAGACUGCAUCAUCCUCUGUAUAUUCAAAUAAUAAGUAAAUGUUUUUUUACUAGUCAGUGUUGAAGUUUAACACAUGUUUGAUCAUAAAAUAAUGUAAUAACCUGAGUGGGAAGAUCAGAAAAUAAAUUAUUUCUUAAGAGAUUUUAGUCAUUCCACUUAUGCUCCCCAUUACCAGAAUUAGCUAUUUUGGGGAAUUGGGGCAGUUCUGCUCUUUCUUUCAGUGGUUGUGUUGUGAAAUAUUGAUAUUUUAAUUUUCUCAUGUCUUAUACUAUCUUUAGGGAAAAAGAUUUUUAUCUUGAACUUUAAUCUCUGUACUUUUUUCUGACAUUAUCAAUCAAUAUAUGGGAUUCCCAUUGUCUUUUAUACUUUUUGCAACAUUAAAGGGAAAAUUCUGCAAUUGGAUUUUAAGUGACUAUUCAAAAGACAUUUUGUCAAUCAAUAGAAUAUAUUUUUUUUUAAAUUUUGCAGCAGAAGUUUAACCAGACCAAUGAAUGACAUUCUGCAGUAGUACACAGCCUUAAAUUCUCUUGUGCUGAUAUCUGUACCUUGGUGCGGAAUCCCAACUUAGUGGUAGUUAUUAAUAUAAUAGAACUUUAAACUACCACUGAAAGAAAGUUAAUAUUUACGUAUAUAAUUCUAUUUUCCACUCUUUAAAAAGUUUUUCCAUAGUGUCUUGUAUUUUUUCAUAAUGUUGCUUAAAUUUUUUCAUAGAUUAAGCAUUUAUAGGUGGAUAGUGUCUGAACAAUGUAAAAUGGAUUUAAAUGAAGUGAAUUGCUGUGCCAAUAUAGAAAUGGUUUUAUGAACCAGUUUAUCUAAGACGCUGCUGUACUGUGAAAAUAACUUGCAUUUAUACAGUGCCUUUUUAAUGUGGUAAAGCUGCACUGCAACUUUUUAAAUGGCAGGUACUGCAGCUAUAAACUUGCAAUAUUUUACAAAUCACUUUUGUGUAUUUUGUAUUGGAGUAUUUUCACUGUCAUAUUGAACAUGUAAAAUGUGAUUUAAUAUAGGGCAAGUAUAAUACAAAUUAGUUCAAUAAUAAGAUAUAAACCUUUUUGUUAGAUUUAAUUACUUUUACCUGCACUACUUAUACCUGCAUUUAUUGACUUAACAAUUAAAAUCAAAGGAAGUAACCUCACCCCCAAAUAAAACAAUCUUAGAUAAGACAUGAAAACAUUUCAACAUGUGUUUUUCAGGCUGUAACAAGCAAAAAAAAGGUUUUAGUAUUUAAAUCUUUCUACUGACUCUGCGUAUUCUAUAUUAAAUUUGGAAGCAAAUGGGUGUAUUAGUGAGAGGCAGCAUGGUUUUGUGAA